GGGCUUAGGCCCUUCCUCCCAAACACUCCAACCCCCUCCUACACACUGUACUGAACAAAGACACAGAACGAAGCAGCAUUGUUCUUGAAAAAGCUAAAGUCUGAGAGAAGAGAGAGAGAGAGAUAACAUAACAAUAACAAUAACACACUAAAUACCAUUUUUCGUUACACUAAGUAAAGAGAGAGAAUGUGUAUGUGUUGAUCUGAAUACAAUACCACACGCAUACACCAUAUUGUACAGAGAGAGAGAGAGAAAGAGAGAGAGAGAUGGGACCAUUGUCCUGCGCUUAAAAUUUAAGCUUUUUCGUGGACGACAGGAUCCGACUCUGCCGCAUAAUUCCUCCCUCUUCCUUCUUCUUCUUCUCCUCUCUCACUCUCUCUCUCUCUCUUUCUUUCAGCUUCAUCAUCUUCUUAUAAUUAACUUAUUUUACCGUCAAAAAACGAAAUAAUAAACCUCUUCAAUAUUCCUUCUUCUCCCAAUGGAAAUGGAGGAUCAUCAUCAUCAACACCAACAGUAUGGCGGCAUCACUGAUCUGAGGCAGCUUGUGAGUAACAACGGACCCCGUUCAACACAUUUUCCUACUUCCAUACCGCCACAGCCCACGGCGGAGCUCUUCCCGGGCCACCCAAACCUCGCGGCUGCGCAUCAGCAGCAGCACUACGAGCUGAUGAUGUUUGGGCGCCAAGUAGCUGACUUAAUGCCUCGCUGUCUCCACGACUUUGCUGACGCCAGCAAUAAUAACACAAGCAGCAUCGGUGUUGCCACUGCCACUACUCCCACCACAACCACAAGCGCUUCAACUCCUCCUCUUAGUGGGUUGGGCGGCGCUGAGGCUGUAGGAUGCUUAGGUGGAGACGCAUCCACUGGAAGAUGGCCUAGACAAGAGACUCUUACUCUUCUUGAGAUCAGAUCUCGCCUUGACCCCAAAUUCAAAGAAGCUAAUAUUGCAUUUUCAUUAUAUAUAUAUAUAUAUAUAUAUUGGGUUUAAUAAUUUAAUAAUUCAAAUUAUACAAGACAGUAACGAGAAGAGAAGCUAUGGUUUUGAUUUUGGGAUGAGUGUGGUUUCUACAUUUGUAGCAGUUUGCAAAAUGUGUGUGAAGGUUCUCUUUCAUUGAUGGGAAAAGACUAUACACAUAAAGUAGUAUUAGUGUUAGUAGUAGUAGUCGUCGUCAUGAUCUCUAUCUUCUCUACUGAAUUUUAUCGAUUAUUGAUGGCGUACUUGAGAUGCAUUUACGUUUAUAUACCAAGAUUAGUACGAUUCUACCACUGUCCCCUUUUCCUUUUUGAAAAUUUGUACCCUCUUUUAAGUGUAUGCGUGUUAAUUUCCCUUUUUUCUUAUUAUUUAUCAAAAAUUCAUUGGACUUUUGGGAGCAUUUGGAUUGCCACCUAUACUAAUCCCAAUUCUAAUUCUGUCAUUGUGAAAUGACAUGAAGCGGAGGCUCUUCCUUCGAAACUAACUUCCGUAGUUGUGAUUUUGCUAUAACUAGCCAUCAAUAUGAAUGGCAUAACAUGGCGUUGUUAUUAAUUGUUAUUAUUA